AUGCCGAGGUGGACAGAGAAAGCUGCUUCCACAAAAUCAGCUGAAUUGGUCGAACAACCAGACCAUUUGGAGUUUGAUGAUCCUGAUGAGGUAGAUGAAGAGGAAGAAGUUGAGUAUGAAGAAGUUGAGGAGGAGGUCGAGUAUGAAGAGCCAGAGGAGUAUGAACAAACUGAAGUUGCACGUCAAGUUGAUGCUAAACAUGACAGUAAAAUGGCGGAUGCUGAUAAGGAUGAGGAUGAAAAAGAGAGUCAUGCUGAACUUCUUGCUCUUCCUCCUCAUGGAUCCGAAGUUUAUGUUGGGGGCAUCACCUCUGAUGUCUCUUCUGACGAUCUCAAAAAACUCUGCGAGUCUGUUGGAGAAGUAGUGGAAGUGCGAAUGCCAGGAAAGGGUGGUAAGCUGUAUGCUUUUGUCAAUUUCAGAACUAAAGAGCUAGCUUUAAAGGCCAUCCAGAAGUUGAACAAUAAAGAUCUAAAGGGAAAAAAGGUAAGAGUUUCUUCCUCCCAGGCUAAGAACAGGCUAUUUAUUGGGAACAUACCCUAUAAGUGGACAGAGGAUGAUUUCAAAGAAGCAGUGGAGGAAGUUGGUCCUGGAGUUUUAAAAGUUAAUCUCGUGAAGGCACCACGUUCAGAUACAAACAAGGGUUAUGGCUUUAUUGAAUACUACAACCAGGCUUGCGCAGAGUAUGCUAAGAAGAAAAUGUCUACCCCAGAAUUCAAACUAGAUAAAAAUGCCCCUAAUGUCAGCUGGGCAGAUACUAAGAAUGGUGGUGAAUCUUCCUCUACUGCACAGGUUAAAUCACUAUAUGUAAAAAACCUGCCCAAGACUGUUACUCAAGAGCAACUGAAAAAGCUAUUUGAGCACCUUGGAGAAGUUACAAAAGUUGUUCUUCCUGCUGCAAAAGCUGGUCAUGAAUAUCGGUAUGGUUUUGUUCACUUCAAAGAACGAUCCAUGGCUAUGAAGGCUCUAAAGGACACUGAGAGAUACGAACUUGAUGGUCACCCGCUGGAUUGUUCACUUGCAAAUCCUCUUGCUGAAAAGAAGGAUGAUACGACAUCAGUACCUAAAGGAGGUCCAUUGCUCCCAAGUUAUACCCCACUUGGAUAUGGACUGAUGGGAGCUUAUAAUCCACUUGGAAAUGGCCUGGCAGGCGCUUACAAUCCACAUGUAAAUGGAGUGGCAGGUGCUUAUGGUGUGCUUGGUGCUCAAGCUGCACAGCCAAUGUUGUAUGUUCCAGGUGCUCCUCUAGGUUCAACUAUGAUCCCAAUGGUUCUACCAGAUGGCCGUCUUGUAUACAUACCACAGCCUGCAGGGCAGCAGCCUGUGCCUAUGACUUCGCCUCCGCCACAGAAAGGUGGUCGUCAUAAUGGUGGCAGCGGUGGUGGUGGAUCCAGCUCUGGUAGAAGGCGACAGAGGGGAGAUGAAAGUGGUAGUAGUAACAACAGCCGCAGGGCACAAGCUGCUGUUGUGAGAAUAAUAACAGUGCAAAGUGGCAGAUGUAGUUUGGGAUGCAGUGGUAAUGUAUCUGUUGCUCAAACUUCAAGAAUAGUUAUGAUGUUCGUGUCUGAGGUCUACAUCGUGUCAGUUUGGCCGCAUUUGGUUGAAUCUCUAUUUGUCAGAGACCUUCUCAAUACAGACAGUUGUCUCGCGUACGUCAACGGAGAGACCAAGAUCCUGUCGCUCGAGAGGCCGCUCGUCUUCGCCGCACGCCUCGCCCCGCUCGCCGGGAACGCCGGGGACAUCUGCGUCAAGUACCACCGCCACAGGGAGGACUCAGACGCGCUUGCUCUCCAAAUCACCGACGGCGAGGAUUUGGAGCACCUCGUCCUCGAGUACGACCGCCUCCACCUCAACGCCCGCAUGGCCUCCUCCGUCGGCUCGGCUCCGGCAAGGCGGAUCCACGCCGAGCUCGUGGUCUUCCUCUUCCCGUCCGAUCGCCCCUGA